ACUCCAUCGUGCCCACCUUCGGCCUCGUCGCCUGUCCAAAACAUUGUCUUGCCGGCCUCGCAACAAUCUAGGAAGACUCUCGACUUGUCCAUUCCACCACCGGGACGUACGAACCUCGCUUCCCGUGUUCCGCCCGACAUUUUCGCUGUUCCGAAACCGCACAUUUCUUUGAACCACCGGCUUCACGGCUACGUCGAAUUAGCGACCUACCCCCCGAUCCGCUUCUCUACCUUUUUAUUACGACUUUCAAUACUUCGCUAUGGAUCACUCGAGAGAUCCCUGCCCCUGGGUUGCCCUGAGCGACUUUGGUGGUGCUUUCUGUAUGGGUGCAAUUGGUGGCGCGGUCUGGCACGGUGUUAAGGGGUUCAGAAACAGCCCUUACGGAGAGCGACGGAUAGGCGCAAUCACAGCCAUCAAGGCACGAGCUCCCGUUCUCGGUGGUAACUUUGGUGUCUGGGGUGGUAUGUUCUCGACAUACGACUGUGCGAUCAAGGGAAUCCGGCGAAAAGAGGACGCCUAUAAUGCAAUUAUCGCUGGUUUCUUCACUGGUGGUUCUUUGGCUAUCCGUGGUGGUUACAAGGCUGCUAGGAACUCGGCUAUCAUGUGUGCUGUUUUCCUGGGUGUUAUCGAGGGUGUUGGUAUUGGUUUCCAGAGACUUAUGGCGGACAACACAAAACUCGAGCUCCCCCCUCCGCCUCCGGCCGAAGGAAAGGCUGUCAUCUAAACUCCUCCCUAAUAUAUCGAUCCGAAGCGAUGAUCCUCUCGUCUCGCAAUCUUCGAUUGAUACCUUGAUACACUCUCAUCUCUUCUCUCUUCACUGGUGUUGGGUCCCGGUCAUUGCUGUUUGCUGCUUUUUUACAGGGAGCGUGGCAUAGAGUUUUCCUUUCUGUCUUCGGCUUCCAUUUAUGUUAUAACUACUCACUAUUUUGACGGCGGUUUAUGGAUUUCACAGAUUUUGCAUUAUGAUUGUGUUGUGUUGCUGGGAGAUCAAAAGCAGUUGUUCGGAGAUGUCGUCGGGGUGAAUAGUUCGUUCGCCUGGGGCAUUUCCAUUCUUGUACAUUAUCUUGCGGAUUAUCAGGUAUAAUGCGACAUUUGGAUGCACUAUAUCUCACAUUGUUUCCAUGUAACACUGUAACCGAGUAUUCGCUUAUAUAACUGCAGAAUAGGAGUUCUUCUGUUCGAUGUUGGCA